GGAAUGUUGUUAGGGUUUUGAUAUCUGUAAAAGCCGUCCGCUUCGUUUCUCCACUUCAGGGAAAAAACAUAUAAAAGAACCAUCUCUGAAACAGUCGUUUGUGGUUCAAGAAGAAGAGAGGUUUCGCUCUUCAUCCUUAUCUAUAUUUGGUUCUAAUCAGGCCGACAUUAUCACACCCUUCAACAUUCUUUAUUUAUUUUUUCCUUUAAGUUUUCAACCUCAUAAACUAUUACAAAGAUAUAUUAUUUUCUCAGUAGUUCUUUCUUUUAAUUUUAAGUUGUUAACAAGCUUGGGUUCCACCGGCUUCUUCGUCCUGUUUUGAAUAAUUACAACUUUCUGGUUUUGCGUUUUAUCUGCUUAAUACAUUAGAAAAAAAUGAGCGCCACUGUCCAGAGAACGUCCAGAUCGGGAACGCGAUCGCUCCUUUUUCAUGAUUUAGCGUCUCCAAUUUCUGCUCACGGAGGAAAAUUCACGAGCCCGGGUCAGGCAGCUGCCGUCUCUGCUCUAUGGCGGGAGAAUUUUGGGGGCGCAGAUCCUCCUCCACCUCCCAUAUUCACCUUGGAAGACCGUGCAGAGUUCUCUCCAGAAGCUGGGAUGGCAGAUUACUCGAUAUCUCCAGCAACCAAGUCAGAGAUGAGAACUCCUGUCUGGGACUCUUGCCGUGACUCACUUUCUCCUUUGAAAAGCAAGCCCGAGGCGACCGCUUCUUAUGCCCUCAUGGGAGGGCAGCAAAUACAACAAACUCCUACAAGUUCAAGCUGGUGGUCUCCAAUAAAGAGCGGCAGUGAACACGAUGAGAAGGGGAAAGGCUCACCUGUUGAGGGAGUGGUCCAGCCGGGUGCUUUAAUUACGCUUCCUCCACCAAGGGAAGUCGCAAAGCCGGAGUUGCAGAAUAAUAGCUUAGCUGCGGGUAACCUCGACGAGGAGGAAUGGGUGACUGUUUAUGGAUUCUCUCCUGGGGACACUAACUUGGUAUUGCGUGAAUUUGAGAAGUGUGGUGUAAUAUUGAAACAUGUCCCUGGUCCAGGAGAUGCUAAUUGGAUCCAUAUUCUAUAUCAGGUAACAAAAGGCACUUUAUCAAGCAAAAGAAGACAAAGGCAGUUAAUUAAGCGAAGGAAGACAAAGGUACUUAAGUUUUGUUUGGUAUCAUUACUGUUUCUACCUGAAACAUUUUGUGUUGAUCAAUACAAAUUGGCAUACCACUGUUAUUUGAGGCUAUUUAUAGUUGAAACAGACAUACCUUAAAAAUGCAUGUGUGGGAGGCUGUUUGUAGAAAUGUCAAAUUGACAUUUCAGGUAGAAACAACAACUAUUACUAAUCAUUCUGGCUGAAGUGACUCCCAAAUAUAAUGUGACAAUGGUACAUUACACAUCUCUCACUAAUUUGUAUUGAUCGACCGAAAACGUUUUAGGUAGAAACAGCAAUGGAACCAAACACAACUUUAAUCAAGCAAAAGAAUGACUCUUUGUUGGGUUUUAAAAAUCUUUUUUUAGGCUAUUUUUUAUGAAAUGGGGUUUAUCCAUGGACGGGGUGUAUCAUAUAUGAUCAUCAAAUGAUAUUUAUGUAUCUAUUUCUAUUACUUUGCUUAUUUUCUGUCCAAGUUGUGGCUUUUAUAUUAGUAAACCGUCUGCAAAUUUUACAGUGUAAAUGAGGUAAACUCUACACAUUUACUUGGGCUCAGUUUGGAAAG